AUGGGGAUCUGUAGUUCAUAAGGUUCAAAUAAAAAAUUAAAAACCGCAAACACCAUAAACCAAGUAAUUUUUGAAUAUUUAUAUAACUAAAAGACCUAAAGUUUGGAUCCAGAUUAUUUCAAUAACUUCGAUCUUUAGAAUGAGCCUUUAAUUAUAAACAUAAAUAAAGAAUUUGAAAAUAUGUACCAGCAGAUUCUUAAUGUAUGCAAAUAAAUUUAUAGUAGAUGUCAUAAGAACUUGAUAAACUUUCCCAGUUUUUAUUAUCAUGA